AUGGCCAAGAAGAUCAUAGAGCGACGUGAUAACGAUCCAACAAGAAUUAGCAAUGUUUGUUCGAUUUGGCUAGACAAGACUAUUGACGCUAAUAGUGAUGAUUCUCAAAGUGUACUGAAACAACUUCGGGAUGCCAUAGGCCAUGUCGAAAUAUUUGUCGAUGAUAAGAAAUGUGUGGAAUUUCUUGAAAAUAUUACGAAUGAUAAAAUUUGUAUGAUCAUUUCCGGCUCCUUUGGACAACACAUUGUACCUCGUAUACACGAUAAACAGCAGGUGGACUCUAUCUUCAUCUUUUGUGGUAAUAUAACGUAUCAUGAAGGCUGGGUACAAAAAUGGCCGAAAGUGAAAGGCGUCUUUACUAAGUUGACAUCUAUUUGUGAAGCGCUUAAACGAGCAGCUCAUGAGUCUGAGCACAACGCUAUUCCAAUGAGCUUUGUGACGCUGAACAAAAGAUUAGAUCAACUUGAGCCAACAUUUAUGUACACUCAAAUAUUGAAAGAAAUCCUACUGACUAUUCACUUCGAAAAGAAACAUUUCAACGAAUUUAUUCAUUAUUGCAGCAAUGUGUUCGCUGAUAAUGAGAAGGAACUAGAGAAUGUCGAGCGAUUAAAAAAGAACUACAACGAGUACACACCCAUUUGGUGGUAUACGUGUGAAGGUUUUUUAUACCCUAUGCUCAAUCGUGCACUACGAACAAUGGAUGGAAAUAUCCUAACACGGAUCGGUUUUUUCAUCAAUGAUCUUCAUCGACAGAUUUUACAGGUGCAUAAAAAACAAUAUCUUGACGAAACUUCAAGUCAAACCUUUACAGUUUACCGUGGCCAAGGUUUGUCACAUACCGACUUCCACCAACUGAUAGAAACAAAAGGUGGCUUGCUAUCAUUUAAUAAUUUCUUGUCGACAAGCAAAACGCGAAAAGUGUCCCUUCAUUUUGCUCGACAGGCAAGUAACAAUCCUGACUUAGUUGGAAUUCUUUUCAUUAUCACAAUUGAUCCGACGCAAUCAACUACGCCAUUCGCUUCGAUCCGCGAAUUGAGCUACUUCCAAAAUGAAGACGAGACUUUAUUUUCUAUGCACAGUAUCUUUCGUGUCCAUGAAAUUACACCAAUGGAUGACACCAAUCGGCUCUACCAGAUUGAUUUAACAGCUACUAAUGAUAAUGACAAAGAACUGAACAUACUUGCUGAAUACAUUCGCAAUGAAGUUUGUCCGAACACAGAGGGGCGGUAUAAACUUGGUUCAUUAUUGAAGACGAUGGGUCAAUUUGACAGAGCUAGCGAAGUUUAUGAGGUGCUCGCUGAAGAAGCAAGUACUGAUAGUGACAAAGCGUUCAUUUAUUUUCAACUCGGGGCAAUCAAAUAUGAACAAGCAGAUUUUCAUAAAGCAAUAGAACUUUAUGAAAAAUCAGUUGCCAUCGUUCUGAAACUACAUUCUUCCGAUCACAUUGAUCUGGCUUUAUAUUACAAUGAUAUCGGUAUGGUGUACGAUGCUUUGGCUGAUUACUCGCAAGCGCUUUCAUACCAUGAAAAAGCUCUUUCGAUUCGACAACGAUCGCUUUCCGCUGAUCAUCCCGAUUUAGCAAUGUCCUACAAUAAUAUUGGUAUGGUAUAUGACAACAUGUGUGAGUAUGGCAAAGCACUUGAAUCUUAUGAGAAAGCUCUGGCAAUUUGUCACCAAGCAUAUCCAUCCAAUCAUCCGCAUUUAGCGAUGUGCUAUAACAAUCUUGGUCUAGUCUAUGAUAAACUAGGUGACCAAGCACAAGCGUUGUCAUCGCAUCAGAGAGCUUUGGCAAUCCGACAGCAAUCACUUCCUCCCAAUCAUCCUGAUUUGGCAAUGUCUUAUAAUAAUAUUGGUACAAUAUACGAUCUACUGGGCGAUUUCCACAAUGCACUUUCAUCUCAUGAAAAAGUUAUUUCAAUCUGUUAA